AUGGAUAAGGAAAGAAAGUUGUAUUUUUUUAGUCCUGUAAUAUCAGGGUUAUUACAUUCUGUAUUUUAUAUUAUUUAUCUUCUUAUUUUACCUGUAUAUUUUAUAAAUAGAAGUAAAAGAGAAGCUAUAUUACAACGAGCCUCUGAAAGAUUAACAAGAUAUGAAGCCUGGAAAUCGGGAGGUCGUAAAGGUGGGAGUGGUCAACCAUCAGGCUUUGGAAGUCGAACACCUCGUGAUAUCUGCAAGCCCUCUGAGAGACCAAAGCGGUCUUCCUCGCAUAGUGCGCUAAUACGCCACUCUCCAAACAGCUCUGAUUAUGCCUAUAUGUCCCCUCAACGCCGAGCUAUAUCGGCCUGUAGUUCUGUACGCCGGCACUGUUGUGUUGAUAUUAAUCGUUCUGGCCAGAAUCCAGGAUCUUUUCUUCCACCUUCCAAACAUUUAUCAGUAUCCACAAGUGUCCUUUAUCACAAAAGAAAUCCAGACUUUGCAUCCACUGGUGGUGGACUUAAUGCACAACCCGGUUCAUUACUUGCUCUAAACACCAUACCAGAGAGUCGUCGCUCUUUUCUAGCACCGUCAUCUUCUCCACCACAACGCCCAAAGAGCACUGUUAAUCUCAAUACAAGUACGCCUAGUGUUAAACUGAGAGAGAAUAGGGCUCCACGUAAACCAAGACCAGCAAGUGUAGCAACGUCUAUGCCUAGUUUUAUAUCUACUGAAACCCCUAAAUCAGCUUCUCAGAGGAGUGUCAGUACAGAUAGAUUAAAUAAAGAUAAGAAACACAGAAAGAAAGAUGUUAUUGAAGAACAUGAAGAAAAGAAACCAAGAAAACAUAGUGUUAAAUUUAGUCGACAUAGCAUAGAUAGAUUAUCAGCUCCUAAACAACGGGAUGUUAUGACAACUAGUAUUGAACUGCCAAAAAGAGAUCCCAUUAUUAAGAGAUCGCCUAAAAAGGCCUAUUCUACUACUAAUUUGGCUAUGACCAGAAAGUCAUUACCAGCUAAUGUUAAACUAGCUAAAGAAACACCACCAAGGCUUCAAAAAACUGGUGAAACAGAUGACAAGAAAGUUGCUGUGGUUAAACCUUCUCCUAGUGUUAAAACAACACCCACACCACCAAUCAGACAAUCUUUAACACCAACACCUAAACCACCAACACCAGCAUCAGUAACAACAACAACAACACCAAAAGCUCAAGUAGCACCUGUUGUUGUAGCUAGUGUUGUAGAGGAAACACCUCGAGAUGAAAAGAAAGAUGUUGAAGAUUAUAAGGCUAGAUUAGCUGAAGCAAGACGUAUAGCUAGGGAGAAGGCUGAAAAAGAAGCAGAAGAAGAGAGAAGAAUACAAGAAAUCGAAAGAUUGAAGGAAGAGGAAAGAUUAAGACAAGAAGAAGAAGAACAGAGAAGAUUUGAAGAAGAAGCAUUAAGAUUAGCUGAAGAAGCCAGAAGAAUUGAAGAAGAAAGAUUAGAAAAAGCUAUUGAAGCUGAAAAUAAACGCCGUGAAGAAGAGGCUAAGAAAUUAGAAGAAGAAAAGAAAGCUAAAGAACUGGCUGACCAGAAGGCACAAGAAGAAGCUGAACAACUAGAAAGAGAAAGAAUAGUAAGAGCUAAAAAGGAGGAAGAAGAAAGAAUAGAAAGAAAGAAGAGGUUAGAAAUGAUAAUGAAAAGGGUAAAAACAGAUGGACAGUCUGACUCAAGCAGGACCGAGUCUCCUAAUAAGUCAGUAACAAGUUCACCAGUUAAAACAGCUACUGCAACUACAGAAGAACCAGUUGAUAGUGGUAGUGGUUUAUCUAAUGGGAAUUCAGAAGAAGAUAUUACCAAACCAACCACUUUAGAUACUACAGAUCCCACACAUUUUCAAACUCCUGAUAAACUUUCAACUAAUGAUAGUGAUAAACCCAGAUUUAGAUCACCAUUAUUACAACAAAUGGCUGAAAAUAAAUCUGAUUCACCUGGUGGUGAACGACCUAAAUUCAAAUCUCCUCUGCUUCAAAAUCUCCUAGGUAAAAACAAGGCUGGGGCAAGAGUUGGUUUAGAAAAGUCAAGUGAGGAAUCGAGAGCAGGGGAGAUAUUGAAUGCGUUAAAGCAGAAAGAAACUCUUAGCUUUUCGUCUUCUCAAUCUCUGACUAAUCUCAGUCAAACUUCGGAAUCCCUUGCUGACAAGGAAAGUUUAGAGAAGAAUAUGUCCAAGAGUGUCUUUCAUAUUAACAUGAAGGAUGAAGAUAAAGAUAUUGAUACAACAGAGUCAGAUAAUUCUUCUAUAACUGAUAAUAAAGAUGCUGGAGAGGAGAGAAUCCUUGAGGAUGAUCAAGUAGAGGAGAAUAGUGAUAAUAAACACAGUGAAACUAAUGGUUAUAGUCAAUCAUUUACUACUACCACUAUUACUACCACUAAUGGUAGUACUCUAGAAAACAGUGUCAUCUUACAGGGUGGCGCUGAUUCUGGUGUUUUAAUGGAUUUAGGUGAAAGUGGAACUAGUCUUCAAUCAAUUCCUGUAAAUGGUGUUGUAACUCAUGACCUCAUUGAUUCCAGCAUUAGUAUGCAAUCAGUUGAUAGUAAUAUAAGUAGUACUGGUGAGAAAGAACCAUCUAAUGAUUUUGAAGAAUUAAUUGACUUAUCAUCUUUACCAAGUAAUAAAAAUAAUGUGACCUCCUGUCAUGAUGCUGAUUCAAGUCGAGGGAAAGGUGAAACACCACCAAAUGUUAAUUGUGAGACUUCACAAGUAGGAGAUGUAUCAAGGGACAUUACUCCUACUAUUUCUCUAGUACAAGAAGAGCUUUCUAGAUCUGUUAGUGACAGUGUGAUUAUUACUGAUCUACCUGCUUCUAACCCUGCUGUUAUCUCUAAAGCUAAACUAGAUAAGUUAUGGCAACAAGCUGAGGUGGUAAUGGAAGAGAAUCUAAGUAAAGUACAACAUAUAUUGGAAGAACAUGGUAUAGGGUUUGCUGAUAAUGAUAGAAAUAGUGAAGAGGGACAAAUAUGGCGGGUAAUUGAAGGUGAUUCUCCAUAUACUAUUAAUUUAGUAUGAUUGUGUGUUUAUUGACAUUGCCAUAACAUAUACUAGAACCAUCUUGCCAUACAGUAUGGACUAUUAUAUAAUUGGUAAUUUGUUGUGUGUUUAUUGAUAUACACUCCUGGCUUCAGCAUGAAUAUAUAAUAAAGAUAAUGUGAUACGAUGUACUGGUAUGUAUGCUGGUAUAUUCUAUUGUUGUGCUCUAGUCUUGUCUUAAACUAAUGUUCAGUGUUGUAGCAAUAUGGCAGGGCUUUUUGUUGUGAUUGGUUUGUUAUUCAAGAGUUUGGUUGUAAAUAAAGAGACAUUCUGGUUGGUAGAUGUUUUACCGGUAAAUAAUAAUCGUUAUGCAUUAUUAUUCAUUCUGAAUCUAUCAAUAUCUAUUGAUUAUAAAGAGUGCUAUGUAUAUUCUCUUUUAUGUUAAUUGAUAAGAUUCCUACUCAAUCAUCAUGCAUUUAUUACUUGAAUUGGCUUAAGGUAUGAAUUAAUGUUAUUUAGACAAAUACUUAAUAAUUAAACUAUUAAUUAAUAUUUGGAUAUAUAUAUAUAUAUUAUAUCAUGGUAUAUAAUUAUAAAUAGUAAAUAUACUAAUUAAACUACCAACAUAAUUAGAUAGUAUUUAGCAAUCUGUUAUAUCCAAUGCUAAUAAUAGUAGGCCUAAUUUGAUUAAGUUAUCUCAAAACUUGAAGAAUUGUAAGUAUCACAGAAAAGUUCAGAAGUAAAGAUUAAAAUGUGUACUAUGUUAAAUUGUAAUUUAUAAAAUACAUUCUAUCAGGAGGAUGUGAUAUGAUAAUAAUGUGAUAUUAUCAAUAAUUGUGUGAUGUGUGUGUGAUCUUUAUGUUUAAUUUGAAAUGAUUGUUUUCACUCUUUAUUUAUUAUAUUGACAUCAAUAUUGAUUGAGAUGAAAGCAAUACUCCUAAACUUAUCUUGUGUUUACCAUACAGACUAGUUGUGUUUUCCCAAUUACAUCGUUGAACUCUUUGUCAACAUAUUGAAAUUCUCAUGUGUGUGUCAAUAGAUCAAGAUUCUCAUGUGUUUGUCAAUAAAUUGAGAUUCUCAUGUGUUUGUCAAUAAAUUGAGAUUCUUAUGUGUUUGUCAAUAAAUUGAGAUUCUCAUGUGUUUGUCAAUAAAUUGAGAUUCUCAUGUGUUUGUCAAUAAAUUGAAAUUCUCAUGUGUUGGUCAAUAGAUCGAGAUUCUCAUGUGUUUUGCAAUAGAUUCUCAUGUGUUUAUCAAUAGAUACUUUGGAAAAUAUCAAUUAUCUAUUUGUUGUACUAUCAGAUAUCUGAUAAGACUUCAGAUAUGUAGUUGAGGAGUAUUGCUUUUAAACAUGUAGAUAUUUGUAUUAUAUUUUUGAGACAUGGGAAUUUUAAUUUCUGUUGUCAAGCCAGUAACUUUCAAACUUUAGUCCAAAUAAUGGAGUGAAAUUAUUUUAAACAAAAAAACUUGUACUAUCAAAAACACUUAGUUUUUAGUUUUUAUAUUUUUUAUUAAUUUCAUAAUAACAUCAGUACAACAAUAAUUAAAUUACUUUAACAAUAUGAACUAAUUGGUAAUUAUUCUAUGUAUGUAUUCCAUUUCAAUAUAUGAAAUUGUUUCCUAAUUACUGAUAUUGUGCAAGAUAUAUUCUCCAUGUUAUAUUAUUGCAGUGUCUUAAUUUACCUUCAACUGCUCAAAAUAUCUUUGCAGAAUGAACUUAUCCAGUAGGAACAGUGCUGUAUUUAUUUGUAUAUUUACUGCUAAUUUUUUCUUAAUUCUAAGAUAGCUUUAUUGAUAUAAAGCUGUCAUAAAUAUAUCUGAGUUGUGUUGUUUCCUCACUAUUUAUUAUUGUUUAAAGAUGGGUUUCCUUGUUUUUUAGUGACAAAUUAAGCAAACUAUUUCAUUAAUUGGUCUUUAAAUUGAAUUAUUAUUAUGUUCUUAUUGGCUUAUUGCAUAUAAUUAAGAGUCUUAACAAAU